CGCCGGCCGCCGGACGGUUCCCGCCGCGCCUCCUGCCCGGCUUCUCGGCUCUGAAGUGCACCGGCGUGCGGCAUGUCGCGGCGGCGGCACCGAGACGAGAAUAACGGGGGACAGCCUCACAAAAGGAGAAAGACUUCUGAUAUCAAUGAAACCGAAGAACAUUUGGAAUCUUUAAUAUGCAAAGUAGGAGAAAAGAGUGCCUGCUCUUUGGAGAGCAACCUAGAAAGUCUCGCUGGUGUUUUGGAAGCUGAUCUUCCCAACUACAAGAGCAAGAUCUUAAGACUUCUUUGUACAGUUGCACGUCUGUUACCUGAGAAGUUGACCAUUUAUACCACAUUGGUGGGGCUGCUGAAUGCCAGGAAUUACAAUUUUGGUGGAGAAUUUGUAGAAGCUAUGAUUCGUCAGCUUAAAGAAUCACUGAAGGCAAACAACUACAGUGAGGCAGUGUAUCUGGUUCGUUUUUUAUCUGAUCUUGUGAAUUGUCAUGUAAUCGCUGCCCCAUCGAUGGUUGCUAUGUUUGAAAAUUUUGUGAGUGUGACCCAGGAAGAAGAUGUACCUCAGGUGCGACAGGAUUGGUAUGUGUAUGCGUUUCUGUCGUCUUUGCCCUGGGUCGGGAAGGAGUUGUACGAAAAGAAAGAUGCAGAGAUGGACCGCAUCUUUGCCAGCACCGAAAGCUACCUGAAAAGACGCCAAAAGACUCAUGUGCCCAUGUUACAAGUCUGGAAUACUGAUAAGCCACAUCCCCAAGAAGAGUACUUAGAUUGCCUGUGGGCCCAGAUUCAGAAACUGAAGACGGAUUGCUGGCAGGAGCGACACAUCCUAAGGCCUUACCUUGCAUUUGACAGCAUCCUGUGUGAAGCACUACAGCACAACCUGCCUCCCUUUACUCCACCUCCUCAUACUGAGGACUCUGUGUACCCGAUGCCUCGGAUCAUCUUCAGAAUGUUUGAUUACACAGAUGACCCUGAGGGUCCUGUUAUGCCAGGAAGUCAUUCAGUGGAGAGAUUUGUAAUCGAGGAGAACCUGCACUGCAUCAUUAAAUCCCACUGGAAGGAAAGGAAGACUUGCGCCGCCCAGCUGGUGAGCUAUCCAGGGAAAAACAAGAUCCCUUUGAACUACCACAUAGUUGAGGUGAUCUUUGCUGAGCUGUUUCAGCUUCCAGCAGCCCCUCACAUUGAUGUCAUGUACACAACCCUGCUCAUUGAACUGUGCAAGCUUCAGCCCGGCUCCCUGCCCCAAGUUCUUGCACAAGCAACGGAAAUGUUAUACAUGCGUCUGGACACAAUGAAUACUACAUGUGCUGACAGGUUUAUUAAUUGGUUUUCUCAUCAUCUAAGUAACUUCCAAUUUCGUUGGAGCUGGGAAGAUUGGUCAGAUUGUCUCACUCAGGAUCCUGAAAGCCCCAAACCCAAGUUUGUGAAGGAAGUUCUGGAGAAAUGUAUGAGGUUGUCUUACCAUCAGCGCAUAUUAGAUGUUGUCCCUCCUACGUUCUCAACUCUAUGUCCAGCAAACCCAACCUGCAUUUACAAGUACGGAGAUGAAAGUAGCAAUUCUCUUCCUGGGCAUUCUGUUGCCCUGUGUUUAUCAGUUGCUUUUAAAAGUAAGGCGACCAAUGCAGAAAUCUUCACCAUUUUGAAAAACAUCCCAAAUCCCAACCAGGAGGACGAUGAUGAUGAAGGAUUCGGGUUUAACCCACUGAAGAUAGAAGUCUUUGUCCAGACUCUGCUACACCUGGCAGCCAAAUCCUUCAGCCACUCCUUCAGUGCUCUCGCCAAGUUUCAUGAAGUCUUCAAAACCUUAGCUGAAAGUGAUGAGGGCAAAUUACAUGUCCUCAGAGUUAUAUUUGAAGUGUGGCGGAACCACCCACAGAUGAUUGCCGUGCUAGUGGAUAAGAUGAUUCGCACACAGAUUGUGGACUGUGCUGCAGUAGCAAAUUGGAUCUUCUCCUCUGAACUAUCUCGUGACUUUACCAGAUUAUUUGUUUGGGAAAUCCUGCAUUCCACAAUUCGUAAGAUGAGCAAACACGUUACGAAGAUUCAGAAAGAGCUAGAAGAAGCGAAGGAAAAACUUGCCAGGCAACAUAAACGGCGGAGUGACAGUGACACCAGAAGCAGUGACAGGAAAGGUGGGGCAAUUGAAGAGCAAAUAGAAAGACUGCAGGAAAAAGUGGAGUCCGCGCAGAGCGAACAGAAGAACCUCUUCCUUGUCAUAUUUCAGCGUUUCAUCAUGAUCUUGACCGAGCACCUGGUACGGUGUGAAACUGAUGGGACCAAUAUACUGACACCGUGGUAUAAGAACUGUAUAGAGAGGCUCCAGCAGAUCUUCCUACAGCAUCACCAAAUCAUCCAGCAGUACAUGGGGACCCUGGAGAACCUGCUCUUCACUGCGGAGUUAGACCCGCACAUCCUGGCUGUGUUCCAGCAGUUCUGUGCCCUGCAGGCCUGAGGGUCCUUCCCCUUCUGUCAAGAUUUUUAAAAUACCUUAAAAUAAUGUGUCUUACUUUUGAUGGUUUGAAUGCUUACUUUCUUGUAGUAUCCUUUCACUUAUUAAAGGAAACAGCAGGGGAGGGGAGGUCAGUGAGGAGCAUGUACUUGAGAACCUUUAAUGGCCCCCCAAAAGAAAAUGGCCUUUUAGUGACAAUAGGGUAGUGCUGACCAUGGGCGGUCUUUUCUGUGAUUUAUUUGGUGUUUUUGCUCCCUUAAGGCAUAAAGUAACUGAUUCGAGGUUUGUGAAAUGCUUACUAAGUAGUGGAGAGAACCAGUGGAACCGAUGGAUUGAUUAUCAAGUAGCAUAGCUUUUCAUAGCUCAUGGAUUGCUGACAUGGCUGAAUAAAAUAAAAAAAUAUGCCUUUUUAAACGUUAGUAUUUCACAGUGUAGCAUCUCGAUCUACUUUGAAAUGGUGAUUUCUUAACUGAAGAUAAUACUUUUCUCUGCUUGAAAAUAUUUUUAAGUAGUAUCUUUUGACACUUUGUUAGCCUAUAAAGUUGUUAUUAAAGAGCAGUGGGUCCCAAUUUGCCUGGAAUAUUAGAAUUACCUGGAAAUCGUCUAAAAAUUAUUAAAAGUAAACCACAAGCUCUGGGAGUGGGACAGUGUUUCCUCCCUUGCCCAGCAUUCUGCUGUGCAGCCAGGCUGGGGACCACUGUCAUCCUGUCCUUUCUUCCUCCCUCCAGAGGGCCCAGACGUCAAAGUGGCACUCGAAGUACCUAGACUGGCUAACGCUGUGCUUGGAAUUGAAUGUGGGUUUGGAUUUUGUCUCUUUGAAAUCUGAUCCAGUAACUGACGAUUCCUCUGUUGUCCUGGGGCUUCAAUAUGAGUGCCUUAUAAAAGAACACAAAUACAAGGGGUUCUCCGACAUUUCCACGUUUCUAGGAUUUCAGACGUCAUUCAUGAAGCCUUAGAGAAACUUGUACCAAUGAGCCCAUGACUAGUAGUAUUUUUGUGUGCAUCUAACAUAGUUAUGAUGAUUCAUUAAGCAUUUUCCAUAUAUAAGUUUGCUUGAUUUACAAUACAUGUAUUUGCUUGGGUGUUUCAAAAAGCCUACGGGGAGGGGGGGGAUUGUUAUUUUAUUUUUCUGCUUAGAUGGGGAUUUCUCAGUCAUUUAAAUCGCAUACCAUCCAAGACAAAUAGUGACUCACCCGAUCAGGCCAUGUGGUCGGCUACUCGCAGAAAGGGGGCCACUAAAUCUGGGUUCUUGGUUGGGUGUUCACUUGUUGGUAUGCCCCUCCCUGCGUGGCUGAAGCACAGGCCAUGGAGACGGUUAGCAGGGGCUCCAGUCCUCCAGGAGCCGGUUUCUGAUGUAAGCCUGACCUGCUGCGUCACCCUGUAUCGCCAAGUCGGCCUAGCUUAUACUGGCUUCAGAGUCCAGAGGGAUUAGUAGGCUUUCGUCUUUUCUCGAAUCUUCUCUUUUGUGUAAAAGUUACUGCUGACAACUGUUUACUGAUGUGACCUGCUCUGUCCCUCUCUGAUCCCACACCUAUGGAAAAACUGAAGCAGGGGUACAGUGUUGAAAUAAAAGCGCACGCGCAAACAUUCAGCAGCUA